AUGCCAGCAUGUCCAAGUGCUGGUAUUAUUUUGGUUUUAUUGUUAUAUUUACAAACACUUGCAGCGAAAGGUAUAACACCGGAGCCUCAGAGAUGUGACGGGAAAAAUAAAUGCUGCUUCGGCUAUACAUGGGAUGAAGAACUGCAGGACUGUAUCAAGUGUAGCAUAGGGUACUUCGAUGUUUACUGUAAUAGGACAUGUCCAUAUCCAUAUUACGGAAUAGACUGUGAUGAAAAAUGCCAAUGUGAACAACAAACAUGUAACUUUAUCACUGGUUGUUUAGACAACGCAUCAGAUAUCCACUCCGCAACCAAUCAGUCAUCCACAGACAGCCAUGACUUCUCCACCACUGCUACGUCAUCAUCUACAGAAAGCAAAUUAUCUUUAAAAAGCGUCCAGUCUUCUUCUUUAGUUAAUCAAAUUAUUUCGUUUUCGCUUCGUGAUUUCCUUCUCUUUAUUGCUGGAGUAUUAGUUGUAUUCACUUUGUUCACAGCAUUCAAUGUAUUAAUAUGUAAAUGGCGUUCUAGAGGAAAUUAUGCAAUUUUUAAUAAGAAUGAACAAAAAUGUGCAUUGAUUGAAUCGAAGGAUACUGUUAGAACUGUAUGCAGAGGAAAUACGAAAAUCAUAAUAUCACACUGCACAGAAAAUAACUCCUGCUUCUUGGAAAUAAGUACAAACAAGGACAACAGGAAAAACAAAGAUAAUUGCUAUUCAAACAGUGAUGUUGAUAAGGAAGAGAAUGAAAAAAAUAAAAAAGAUGACUCGAUAGUUGACCAUACCGCAUUACAUCUAUGCACAAUAAAACCACAGGGACGAGAAGAAACGUUUUGCAAUUCAAGUCAAUGUUCCCAAUGUGAGGACGACUGCGACACUGAUGUAAAAGAACUCUCUGACAGCAAUCAGUUCUCCACUACCUCGAAAGUCCCAUACGAAAACGAAUACAUUAGUGUUUCCUGCGGCCCAGAAUAUGAAAGUUAG